GUCAAUUGCAGUGUUUGUUUUUGAGGUGGUGCAGGUGGUUUCACCGAAGUGGAUUCAAUGUUAAACAGUAGUGACGGUGCCUUCGUGGUUUUAAGAGAAAGUUUGAGGACGUAAAUGUUUCCGUGGUACUUUCGUGAGCUAGACAUUGAACGGUUGGCUGAAUAAGUCUAACAAGAAUUGGGCUUUAUACAGAUUCCUAUACUCUGUUAAUUCGCAAAAGAUUUUCUGCCGCUCGCUGCCUCUACGUAUCCUUGACAUGCACGACUGCGGCAGUUCAAGAGCGGAGACCGAAAAUUUGUUUUUACCAGUAAUUCACGAAAAACACGAGUUUCAACAAACGGCGAAGAAUAAUGAACUUAUCCAUUCAUACAGCACAGUACCAGAGAAGUUACUGAGUAUACACCAGGAAUUAGCUAAUAGGCUAUCAGAAUUACCAUUCUCGGCACCAAUCGAAUACAUUUAUAAUCCUGUGGACUACGCUUUUGAUGUCCAUGCUCAAUUUGUAAAUAAAUUCUGCCAAUCACAAAAGCAAAUUUUAUUUCUUGGUAUGAAUCCUGGACCAUGGGGUAUGUCGCAAACUGGGGUACCAUUUGGUGAAGUGACGAUAGUGAGAGACUGGUUAGGUAUUAGUGGGGAAGUUAGAUGCCCGUCUAAACAAUGCCCUAAAAGACCUGUGCUGGGUUUCAGCUGUAAGAGAAGAGAACUUAGUGGUUGGAAGUUCUGGAACUUCUUCAAAAGCAUAUGUUUGAAUCCACACAGGUUCUUCAGACAUGCUUUUGUUUAUAAUUACUGUCCAUUGGCAUUUAUGACAGCAACAGGAAAGAAUGUAACGCCAGCAGAAAUGAAGAGUAGUGAUCGCAAGAUGAUAGCUUCCCUUUGUGAGAGAGCAUUCUGCAAAGUACUGGAUCUGUUACAUGUGGAUACAAUAAUUGCUGUUGGGAAGUAUGCUGAGAAGAGUGCUGCUUCUGUGACAAAAGCAAAUGGAUUGAACCACAUAAAGAUUGUUACUAUUCUACAUCCCAGCCCACGGAAUUCCAAUUCAAAAAACUGGGAAGAAGAAACUAAAGCACUAUUACAGAAAAAUGAUUUAAUGAAAUUUUUUUGUGAUGCUUGAAAUAUAUUAAACAGAACAGCAUUGUUAAUGACAUUUCAGUUGAGAGCAAAUGUUCUAUAAUGCAAAUACUGAAUAUUCCAAGACUGUGCAUCAUUGCUCAAUUGAUAUAGGGUGUGCCAUGAAAGUGAGCCCCUUAUGUCAAUGAUAAUGUUUCAGUAGUGUAGCUGACAGCGAUUGCUGUUUGUCACUCAUAGAUAAACCACUUGAAAAGGCAGUUUACAGACAUGGAGCUCAGUGUGGUACAAUUGUGAGUAUAUUUUACAGAGUUAACUAUACCACAACACUUGUAUUAGAAUAAUCAGUAUUUCAGUUUUUGUGAAGCAUAAUCUUGUACCAUUGUAACAUGUAGUAAGAAUGUUGGUGACACUGUUUGAAGAACAGAAAAUUACUUGGAGCAAAAACUAGCAAGUAAGACAUAAUGUAGUGCACAGGAAGCAAUAAAAGAUUCAGACCAUUCUAUUAAAUUA